ACGGCGUUUCAUUUGUUCACAAAUACAUUCCACUUAAAACAGCCCUGCAACCGAAAUCGCGUGUGUGGAGAAAGCGAGGUGAAGGACUAGAGAUUACAAGCAAAAGAAGUAAAGAUUUGCCUGGAGGAAGGCGAUUGCAUCUCAUGGUCGCCGUUGCGUAUGGUAAAGGCGUAAUUUUAAGAAAGACAUACGAGAAAAUGGACGAUCCUUUUUUUGCAG